CGUGGUCUUCUCUCUCUCUCUCUCUCUCUCUCUCUCUCUCCCUCUCUCUCUCUUCCUCCAGCCCGCACAGCAUCAUCACCCGCUUCGCAGCAACAGCCUCGUACGGCUUCAUCCUCCUCCUCAUCCUCCUCAUUCUUCAUCACCACCAUCUCCGCGCGGAGGAGGCACCGAGCGUCGCAGGAACUGAAGAAAAGAAAAGCCAGUUGUCAGUCGAGCUCUUCAGAUCUCUGAGGUGUGUCCUGAACGUUCAGGAGGCCUCUUCCCAUCACGUUUGACCACCUUUGCGUCAACUGAACCUUUUUGAAAUGGAGGAAGGCUACCAAAACCGGACUGCCUUCAUUAAAGGUGCCAAGGACAUUGCCAAAGAGGUAAAGCGGCAAGCCUCUAAGAAGGUUGGGCGCUCAGUGGAUCGGGUGACCGAUGAAUACAGCAAGCGCUCCUACAGUCGCUUUGAAGAGGACGAUGACGACGACUACCCAAGGGAGGGCAGCCAGGACGGAGGCUACUACCGCGGAGACAGCCAGGCGGCCAAUGACGACGAGGGCGGCCACAGUGACUCCACAGAGGGCCACGAUGAGGACGAUGAGAUCUACGAGGGCGAGUACCAAGGAAUCCCCAGGGCCGAGUCGGGCAAAGGCAGCCUGGCUGGUGGGCCGGGCUCCGUGGAUGCCGGCGCUCAGCAGUUCAAAGAUGUCGCGGCGGCCGAGGCCGAGAGGAGGAAGGACCAGGAGGUGCUGGCUCAACAGUACGAGACCAUUUUGCAAGAAUGCGGUCACGGGAAGUUCCAGUGGACCCUUUACUUUGUGCUGGGGCUCGCUCUCAUGGCCGAUGGCGUUGAGAUCUUCGUGGUCGGCUUCGUCCUCCCCAGCGCUGAGAAGGAUAUGUGCCUGUCUGAACCGAACAAGAGCAUGCUGGGUCUGAUCGUAUACUUUGGGAUGAUGGUGGGGGCUUUCCUCUGGGGGGCUCUGGCUGACCGGAUAGGCCGUCGGCAGUCUCUCCUCAUCUCACUCUCCAUCAACAGCAUCUUCUCCUUCUUCUCCUCCUUCGUCCAGGGCUACAGCACCUUUCUGUUUUGCCGUCUCCUCUCAGGUGUCGGGAUCGGUGGAUCGAUUCCCAUCGUGUUUUCCUACUAUUCCGAAUUCCUGUCCCAAGAAAAGCGUGGCGAGCACCUCAGUUGGCUCUGCAUGUUCUGGAUGAUCGGGGGAAUAUACGCAUCGGCUAUGGCCUGGGCUAUUAUCCCACAUUACGGAUGGAGUUUCCAGAUGGGCUCGGCGUACCAGUUCCAUAGCUGGCGUGUGUUUGUGUUAGUGUGCGCAUUUCCGUCUGUUGCCGCCAUCGCCACCCUCAGCGUCGUGCCAGAGAGCCCACGCUUCUACUUGGAGAACGGCAAACACGACGAGGGCUGGAUGAUUCUGAAGCAAGUUCACGACACAAACAUGAGAGCGAAGGGACACCCAGAGAAGGUGUUUUCUGUCACCACCAUCAAGACGGUGAAGCAGAUUGACGAGUUGACAGACACUGGCACCGACACUCCGGUUUGGAAACGCUACAAACUGAAGAUUAUCAGCCUCUCUCAACAGAUCCGGCAAAACAUCCUUGCCUGCUUCAGCCCUGAAUACAAGCGGACUACCUUCAUGCUCAUGGCUGUUUGGUUCACCAUGUCCUUCAGCUACUACGGCCUGACUGUGUGGUUCCCGGACAUGAUCAAGUACAUCCAGAAGCAGGAGUAUGAUUUAAAGACAAAGACCUUCACCAAGGAACGAGUGGAGCAUGUCACUUUUAAUUUCACACUGGAAAACCAAGUUCAUAGCCAGGGACACUACUUCAAUGACAAGUUCCUCAACCUGAAAAUGAAAUCCAUGGUGUUUGAAGACUCUGUGUUUGAGGAGUGCUACUUCGAGGAUAUCACCUCCACACACACCUUGUUCAAAAACUGCACCUUCAUUGCAAGUUUGUUCUACAACACAGAUUUGUUCAAAUACAGGAUGGAAAACUGCAAACUGCUCAACAGCACGUUCCUCCACAACAAGGAGGGCUGCAUGCUCGACUUCAGCGACGACUUCAACAACGCCUACAUGAUAUACUUCGUCAACUUCCUCGGCACACUGGCAGUCUUGCCUGGCAACAUCGUGUCGGCUCUCUUAAUGGACAAGAUUGGUCGUUUACGGAUGUUGGCGGGAUCCAGCGUCAUUUCUUGCAUCAGCUGUUUCUUCCUGAUGUUCGGCAACAGCGAGUCGGGGAUGAUCGCUCUCCUGUGUCUGUUCGGGGGCAUCAGCAUCGCCUCGUGGAACGCCCUGGAUGUGAUCACAGUGGAGCUCUACCCCUCGGAUAAAAGGUGCACAGCGUUUGGCUUCCUGAAUGCUCUCUGCAAACUGGCGGCCGUACUGGGAAUCAGCAUCUUCCAGUCAUUCGUCGGCAUCACCAAGGCCGUGCCCAUCAUCUUUGCUGCCGGCGCGCUCGCUGCAGGUAGUUUCCUUGCAACCAAGUUGCCUGAAACGCGAGGCCAAGUGUUGCAGUAAAGCAGGUGACCAGCAGUGGGCAGGAGAGUAGAGCUGGAGUGCGUUUGACCACUAGAGCCCAAACAUUCCUUAGAGCUUCAGCUGCUGCCCAUCUCACACCAACAGACUGCCCCCCCCCCCCACCCGCCCAACCCCCCCCCCCCCAUUGUAAGCCCAGAAUCCUCUCAAAUAUGGAUCGCGUCAUUCAAAGUCCCAACAGACCCACAGAGAUUAACCGACGUAGAGAUUAACGCCGGUGUCAUGGUAGAACGACUACAUCCCUUUUAUUUCAGCCACCAGGUAAAAAUAAAUCUGAUCCUUCACGGACGUGUCAUACUCACAGGCUGAUGUGGUAGAGGUGGAAACGUGCUGUGAUGAUAAAAUGGGCAUAGAUCUCCGGUGAAAACACAGAGUGGUCAAGUGAAACCGAAAAAGGCAGAUUUGGGGGAAGGUGUGCAAAGAUUUCCAGAUGUAUGUGAUUGUGUAUUUAUUUCUCAUCCGUCCACAGCCUCAGUGACUAGUUUUCAGUGCUGCUUGUUAAUUUGAAUUCCCUAUUUUUUAUUUGGAAAGCCCUCAAAAUGUAUUUCAGGUUGAUUUAAAUCCCUCUAAUAGCAACCAGGAACCCCCUGCCCCCAUCCAUUGCCAACUGCUGAGCACAAAACAGAAGAUUCACUCAUAAACAAAGAGUUGAACUCUUCCUGUAUAAAGUCUGUUCCUCUUUGUGUAGCCUCCCGACACUGGUGAAGUUACAUUUCACAGGAUUCUCAGUUGCAAAUGGGAAAAGUUUGAUCCAGUUCCUGAGUGUUCAGUGUUAAACGUCUGUUCUUUUGUCAAUUUUGGUCAAGUGCUAAAUGUGAGAGCCGAUACAAACGCAUAAUAAUUGGUGAAUUAUUUGCAUGUGUGUGUGUGUGUGUGUGUGUGUAUGGUAUGUGAGUGUGUGCGAUUGCUUAUGUACACGUGUGACUUAUUCCUUUAAGCACCAACAUUUCCUGCGAUUCAGUGCAGCCCCACUCUUCAGUCAUUGGAUCCAACAGCAGAAUGUACGGAACAGCGGUUUCAUAAUUUUAGGAUAAUUUCAAAAGACGAUAUAUUUAAUAUUUCUCAUGCAGUAGCUGAGGUUUGAUGAAAUGCUUGAUCAUGUUUACAGCCAGUAGUAUAUUUUAGCAUCGCUGCACUGAAUUACUGUACAUGCAGGAUCAUUUUUCCAUCCCUCAUGCAUUGCAGCAUUAAUCUUAAAAUGAGACUAAACAAGGAUUCAGUUCAUUUUUACCUUAGAAAUAGUAGUUAUGCAAAAUCAAAAACUAUAAUCAAAGUCCUGUCACAAGACCUUUUUCCAAAGCUUUUCCACUGUACCUUGCUUAGUUGUUACUGGAAAGGAAAGCUCUGAGAAAAGUUAGUAAGUGGAAUUUGAUAUAAGAUUUUUUUUUAUAUCAUUAGUCAUUUCAUUAUUUUGUCUUUUGCUGUUUGGCCUCAAAAUAACAAAAACAUUUUUCUUUAAUGCUCCAUAGGCAUCAUGACAUGGCGUCAUUGGCCUCAUAAGCACAUAUCAAACGGGACCAAAAGAAGAAUAAGUUGUUUAAAAGAGUCGGCUUGAUCAGGAAGAGAAACAGAGGUAACAAAGUCACUCGCCAAUUUAUUUUAAGGGCUUAAUUGAAGGAGUUCAGUCAUUCCUCCACUCAAGUUAUCAAACGUGCUCCUGCAUGAUACUGUUCAACCGUCUUUGAAAGUAUCACAGCUGCUUUACAGAUUAUCUGUCCAUUGGAAAUUUGAUCUCAAUUGGACACGAAGGGAAGAUAAUUGAGUUCUUUAUACAUAUCACUACUGCGGUAUUAUUUCUCCAAAGGUGUACAUCAAUAUGUGUGCAGACAAUCAGUGAUUGAGUACAUGAGUGGUGGUGGAGAGAAAUGUUCUGCCCUAAAGACAUCCUCUGGAUCGUGUGUAUGUAUGUGUGUGUGUGUGUGUCUGUGUGUGUGUGUGUGUGUGUGUGUGUGUGUGUGUGUGUGUGUUUGAGGGAGCCUUUGAAGGAUGAGUUGGACUUUUUGGGAGUAAACUUAUUCACUUUGGUUAGCUUAGCACAAAGACUGGAAGCGGGGGGAAACAGAUAGCCUGGCGCAUAGUCAAACACAUAAUCUGCCAUAAAACCACAACUUUUACUCUUUUAUAUUCUUUGUGCAGAAUAAGGAGACGUGAGAUAACAUCUGUUAUGUAUCUUUUAUGAUGGUAACUUCUAAUAGAGCCGGGCUAACACUUUCCCCCUGAUUCCAGUCAUUAUGCUAAGCUAUGCUAACUGACUGCUGGCUGUAGCUUCAUAUUUACCGAGUGGUAGCGAGAGUAUUUCCCAAAAUGUUGAACUCUUCCUUCAAUAUUUGCAAAUGUGGAUCACAUUCUGAGGAUCACAUCUCUUCUUUGCUGUUUGUGAGUCUUCAGUGAACAACGUCGUUCCAUGUUGUGUGUCGUCUGAGAGGCAGUUUGGAUGUUGUUGUUGUUGUUGUUAACGUGUGUGUGCAUGAGACUCUUAAAUCGUCCGUCACGUAUUUUUCUACUUUUUCUGUUGCGGUAUUUUCAUCCCUGUGAUGAAUACAGCUCAGCUGGGGACCACAGAAAUAUAUUUACACUAAGAGAAGAUAAAGAAAAAACUUAAUGCAAUAUAUGCAGUGUCGGAUUUAUUUGUGUUGUUCUUCAUAAUAGACUCUGGUGCUCUUUUGCUGACACAGUUCAGUCUUUAAAACGAACCCUGUCAAAGGAAACCAGUCUUGGAGAAAACGCGCGUGACCUGUUCCUCUGUUGGGAAACACGGUGGAAGGAUCACAUCUUAAAUCAAGACAACUUCACCCUCCGCUCCUUCUGUAUUCAACCGAUUGUGACGCAUGUUUGUAUCGUAUUGUCUGACUUCUUGGACGUCCUGUAUGCCAGCCGGUGUUUUGUCUAAAAGCAAGAACUUGUGUUUUCAUUGUUGUAUGAUGACAUAGAUUUGUUGCUUGCAGUGAUUGUUCUUAAUCAAAGUGGGGUUAAAAAUUGGUAAAACUUGAGUAUGUGUUUCUGAAAGUCAGUUAGUGGUGACUGUGCUCCUUGUUUACCUUGGACCCAGGUAACUCUUUAAUAUAAAUAUAUAUAUAUAUAAACUGUAUAUGCCUGAUUUUGUGGAGGGGGAUGCUUUUACUCGUGCACUUCAUCUUGUUGCAGAGCUGGAGAAAUGGCUUUGCUGCUGCUAAGGAGAAGGGAGCUGAAAAAUAGGCACAAAUUAAGAGCAAAAAGUACAAUUAGACACAAGCUCCAUUGUCCGCAUGAGUCUUAUUUAAGAGGAAGUGAAGUGGAAGUGAAGUGGAAACAGGAAGUGAGCAUUAAACACAAAACUCAUCAAGAGCAUCCUCUGGCAAGAGCUCCUGUCCAAAAUGUUAAAGUUUACUAUUUAAUGUUGACUAUGUGUAAAAUUUACAUUAUGUAUAUAUAUAAUAUAACAUAUAAUAUAUAUAUACAUACAUUAACACACACACACACAUAUAUAUAUAUAUAUAAACUCCGCAAAGGGUGGUCUGAUAAACGGACAGGGGACUUUUCAUGGCCCGGCCUCUGGUCUCCUCUCAAGAGCACACGGAUCAGUCCUGAACGAAUCCCGACAAAAGAAAAUAACAGGACCGGCCCGAUGCCAUAAAAACAACUCCUUCCUCUGCAAAGAAUUCUUCACCGUCGCUGGGACUUAUUUUAAGUGUCUGUUUUUUUCUUUUCUUUAGUUUGACUCGGAUCUGUUUAUUCAAUGAUAGAAGUUCUACUCUAAAUGUGAGUUCAAUUCAGAAAUCAAUGUACUGUGUGUAGAAACUGUAGAUGUUUGUACGUGCAAGUAUGGAAUUUGUGGAACAAAAGAUUCAAUUCAAAGAAAAAAAAAAGAAGAGAAAAAUCUAUCGUGUGUUGUCUUUGUGUUUUGUAAAAUGAAGACUGAACAUCUUGGUAAAUUCAGUAUUUAUUACUUCUGGAUAUUGAGAAUAUUUUAGUGAUGCUAAAAAGGUGCCGUAUUUAUUUUGUGCGAGUUGAUUUGCACUUUUGUGCCAUUUGCCCAGAUCUAUGAAGAAAAUGAUAGAAUCAUAUUGAAAUAAAACUUGAAGAAAUAAAAAAAGUAAAUGUUUGCAUUA